AUGACAGAGCCGCCCGAUGGCCGGCAAUCUGUAGCCGUCAUCGGCGCCGGCGCGGCCGGACUGGCCUCUGCUUGGCUACUUGCCCGAGGCAGAUACUCCGUCUAUGUCUUCGAAGCUCGUGACACGGCUGGCGGCCAUGCCCACACCCUUGACCUUCCCAUCCCCGGCAAUACCACAGGCGCUACCGUCCCCGUCGACGCCGGCUUCAUCGUGUACAACACCCGCACCUACCCUGAUCUCGUCAGCCUUUUUGAAAUACUCAAUGUCGAGGAGGAGAACUCCUUCAUGUCUUUCGCUGCCAGCAUUGAGAACCCUUCCACCAACACUUUCUUUGAGUGGGGCUCAGACACCGUCGCCUCCCUCUUCCCGACCCGCUCCAGCCUGUUCAAUGUGUCUAUGUACACCAUGCUUUUUGAUAUGCGCAGAUUCAACAACGCCGUCUACGAUUUCGUUGACAAGCUCGAAAAUGACCCGCAGUUCCAAGAUGCCAACAUCUCGCUGGGUGAGUUUCUCGAAAAAGGCUCGUAUUCAUCCGUCUUUAUCCGUUGUUACCUCGUGCCUAUGGUGUCGGCGGUCUGGUCAGCCUCCUUUUCGAGUGCCAUGAGGUUUCCCGCCCGAUCUAUGUUUCAUUUCUUCAUCAACCACGGUCUGGCCCAAGUUUUUGCACGUCCUCAGUGGCGCACACCAGCUGGUCGUUCAAGAGAAUAUGUCACCAAGAUCGUUAACGAUAUUCGAGAUCACUCCGGUGUUGUGUUACUGGGCACGCCAGUAACACACGUUAUGCGAGAUGAGCGAGGCGUUACGGUCUACGCCGCCGCCACUGGUCCAAAGAGGUUCGAUCAAGUUGUUUUUGCCACUCACCCUCCCAUUACACUCGAACUGCUCGGCUCAGGUGCGACGGAGGACGAGAAGCGCAUUCUCGGUGCGUUCCGCUACUCAGAAAACCAGGCCUACAUCCACCACGACCAGCGACUCAUGCCCACGAACAAGUCGGUCUGGAGCUCGUGGAACUUUAUUGGAAGGAAGAGACAAGGGCAGACUAAUAAAGAAAAUGGUACGUCUGCCACAUGUCCCGAUGAUGCCAGUCUAGGCCAGGCUGCACCCAAUGGAACUACGCAAAACGAUGCGAUCCCAUCUGAUGAUGAUGAGCCCGUCUGUGUAACGUACUGGCUCAAUAAGCUUCAAAACUAUCACAAACAUCACACCCCAGUGCCAGACAUGUUUCUGACGCUGAAUCCGGUUACAGAAAUUGACCCUGACAAGAUCAUCAAAUCAUUAUCUUUCGGCCAUCCCCAGUUCACGGAAGAGAGUGUUAAUGCACAAGCUCUUCUACAACAAGUAGUACAGGGACAAAACAGAUCUUGGUUUUGCGGAGCUUACGCGCGCUAUGGUUUCCAUGAAGAUGCAAUGAUGAUAGGCUUGAAUGUGGCGGAACGCUUAUCAGAGUUUACAAACUUGAGGCCCUGGAAGUCGAAGGAGAGACUAGCUAUUAAUGAUAACUCGAGGCAGUACGACAUUCCCCUUUCCCCGCUCCGGAAUCCUGUGUUUUUCUUUAUUGGGGGGCUCAUUGUACUCAAUGCCGUCAUGUCGCGCUUGCAGCAAGGCCUUGGCAAGAUUGCAGCCAGAAUGUCUGAGGAGGACCCCGUUGUCGUUGUCGCGGUUGGCGACGGUCGUUUGCAUCGCUUUGGACCGCGACGCUCAAGGAUGGGGUUGAGCAGACCCCAGCCCAGUCGCAUUGUGAACAUGCCAGGCUCCGUUCUGCCCGGUAAACUGCAAUCUGGCAGAAUGACAGUGAGGACUCCAAAGGUACUUGCGCGCAUCACCGAAGCUCUCAGAUAUCGUCAUCCACUUGCUCCAACAGCAGCGAGAGCCUUUGCUGCAGCUGAGGUUGACUGUCCAACCCCGCAAGAUCUUUCAACUACUUUGAAGGCCUUAUUUAUUGCAGAUGGGUUAGACGUGGAUCCAUCAAAAGCCAGAGCGGGUAGAGCGAAGUUCGCAGAGAGCCUUCUUUCUUAUGUCGUCGGCGGGUUCCAGAAAGUCAAGACAUUGCCAACGCACACUCGACUGACUGAAUUAACAACGUGCAUCUCCAGUGUUGUUUACCCUUCCUGGUGGCUUGAAAUGGACAGUGAAGUCCAGAGCACAGAGUGCAAACAAAUGGACAAUCGGACCGUGUCUUUGGGAUCUAUCAGCGAUUUGAAUGCACCUUCGAAUACUGUGGAGAUUCUUGGAGAUUUGUCGGAAGCGACAAUAUCUAUUCUUCAGAGCAACGAUAAUUCACGAGCUACGGUGGUUGUCCGAACGAGUGAGCGAAUGACCUUCGUUGACAGAAAAGCUGAAUUGUUGUCCGUUCGUGAACAAAUAGAAAUCGUGCUAUUCAAAGAUUUUGUGAAGCAGUGGAGUGAAGCGAAGGAUGAGAGGAAUACAAGUUCUGAAAACCGAAAACUCUGCUUUGACCUCAUAUUAUCCCCUGCGCUCGUCAAUCUCUUUGAGGGGUCAGGGUUCAAGACCCUUGGAGAAACCUACGCAUUUGUGCGGCAACUCGCAGUUCUUGGGGCCACGAUUGAGUUCGGCGUAACCGUCUGCGGGGUACAUCGCGAUUGCAAGGACUGCGAAGGGCCACGCAAUGUUGAUGACGUUUUUGCGGGAGACGAAGGAUUUACUCUAUGCCGAACAAGAGACGUUAUUGGAGCUAGCGAAAGGUGUGGUCUUGAACUGCAACGCGUCUCAUUUAUGGACAAUGAAGAGGCUGCCUUGGAUGUACAGGAGGUGAUAAACAGGGUGUACAACAGUUUAGCUGUCGAUCUUCUUGAACCAAGUGAGACGCGUGUUGUUUUAGCGCAGUUGUGCCUGUGGGAAGCUGCGCUACUAAUCGGCCAUGUCCGUCGGAUGGCGGUAAGAUUUAGAGCAGUGAGGAUUCUAACUUAA